AUGACGAGGAAGAGCGAAAGAAAGGGGGUUGAGGGUCUUAAUGAGAUGCAUUGGGUCUUCGUUUCCAACAUUGGCGUUUUCAGCCAUUCAUCUCCCGAACAAUGGAUACUACCGAGCAGCGGCAACGUGGAUAAGAGAUGCAGCGGGAACAGAAGGAUCGCUUGCUUCUUUGCUUGCCCUGGGCAGAAAGACCGAGUGAAAGGCAUAGUAGAUCGAAUCGACUCCUGCCCCCUCAAAGAGCCAAAGAUCGUAGCGUGUCUACUAUUGCUAUUAACCUCCUCCUCAUAUAAAGUCAUCAGUGCUACAGAAUCCCCUGCUCGUGGAAGGAAGGGAAGCGGAAUGGGAUUCAUGCAUCGAAACAUUAUUGGGGAUUUUCGAACUAAUGCCACAUCUGAUCUGCUAAUUGAAUCAGAUAUUCUAUCUGUUCCUCGAACAGAUGCUAUUUCAUCUGAUGAUCUCUUUGCAAUAGAUGGUGUUCCAAACGCUCGAGGCCGGGUUCUUGGAGGCAGCAGCGCAAUCAAUGCCGGUUUUUACAGCAGAGCCGAUCAAUACUUUUAUAGGAAAUCAGGAAUUAAUUGGGACCUUAGAGUGGUAAAUCAAUCAUACGAAUGGGUUGAGAGGGCAAUUGUGUUUAAGCCUGAACUCAAGAACUGGCAAUCCGCCGUUCGAGAUGGAUUUCUUGAGGCUGGGAUCGGUCCUUACAAUGGGUUUUCUCUGGAUCACCUUGUGGGUACCAAGAUUGGGGGUUCUACGUUUGAUAGCACUGGUCGGAGACACAGCGCUGCCGACCUUCUGAGCUACGCAAAGACUUCUAACAUCAGGGUGGCUGUACACGCAAUUGUUGAGAGAGUACUUCUUGCUACUUCAUCGCCUUAUCCUCCGUCAAAACCAUCAGCAAUUGGUGUGGUUUACCGUGAUCAAAGAGGCGGGUUCCACCAUGCCAUGCUGUGCGAUAAGGGUGAGGUAUUGCUCUCUGCUGGUUCUCUCAGACUAGCAUCAACUGAUGUUGAGGUGAACCCAAUAGUAAGGUUUAAUUACUUCCGAAAUCCUGGUGAUGUGGAGAGGUGUGUGAAUGGCACCCGAAAGAUCGGUGAUGUACUGAGGAAGCGUUCCAUGGAGGAUUUCAAAUUCAGGGAAUGGGUUUGGGGCCGAGAUUUCAGAUACGUGAGGCCUGCAUUGCCUGUUAACCAGUCUGACUAUGUGCAGAUGGCUGAUUUGUGUCGCCGAACCGUUAGCACUAUAUGGCGUUACCAUGAGAGCUGUGUUGUAGGGAAAGUGGUUCAUCGUGAUUCCCGUGUCAUUGGUAUUGGUUUACUCCGAGUUGUCGAUGGCUCAACACUUAUCGUCCAAGCACAAGCAUCAGGCUACUCUUUUGAUGCUUUUGGGCGGACGACAGAUAAGUUGUGGGGCAAACGGCGCCCUCUACUUCUACUUCUAACUAAAGGUGAACACCCGGCUUUGCAAGCAAAUAGAGAGCCCCCGCCCGUUUUGAGCCGUUGCGAGCCGGAAAGCGUACCGGCUGUUUGA